AUGGCCAGGAUGGCAACGGGUAUUUCGAUCCAUAUUCAGCCCCAGGAAAUUGAACUUACUGUUGGAGAAGAUAAAACUGUCCAUAUAAGUACUACCAGUAACUUGCCAUCACCUGUUAAUAUCAAAUUGGUACGAUCGGAUUUAUUCGACAGCACCCCAAAUAUUUUCCAACUCGAUAAUCAAACACGAUCAGCAGACAUUGUGGUAACGGGUUUACGGAUUGCAAGUCAUUCCAUAUUGGAAAUCGAAGAUUGCAAUUCUACAAAUCCAGGUGGCAAAUGUCCCUUCGAUAAUUUGGAGUCUGCUUUUGUGACAGUGAAAGUGGUGCACAGUAAGUUGUUGUCAGUCGGUGUUUUUAUUACUGGUUGGAUAUAUUUCGUUGCUUGGAGCGCAUCGUUUUAUCCGCAAAUAAUUCUUAAUUUUACUAGGAAAAGCGUUGUUGGGUUGAAUUUUGAUUUUUUAUUACUGAAUAUUAUUGGCUUCACAUGUUAUACAUUAUACAAUGUUUUAAUGUAUUUUAACACAUAUAUUCAGAAACUAUACCAUCAUAACUAUCCUCAUAGUUUAAUACCCGUUUUAUUCAAUGAUGUCGUAUUUGCUACACAUGCACUAUUGGCAUGCCUUAUCACUGCCUUCCAGUGCUUUCUCUACGAACGUGGUAAUCAGCGUAUUUCACAUACUUGUUGGGGUCUUGCAACUUUAUAUGGACUAAUUGCUGGAAUAACGCUGAUAUUAACCGUAGUCGGGACAAUGAACCCAUUGCAGUACAUUAUGGGUUUAUCUUAUAUUAAAAUGGCUAUAACGAUAUGUAAAUACUUCCCACAGGCGUUUAUGAAUUUCCGACGGAAAAGUACGACUGGAUGGUCGAUAGGAAAUGUUUUGUUGGAUUUUUUGGGUGGGCUGAUGGAUAUCACACAAAUGAUUUUACAAGGAGCAAAUACAGACGACUGGUCAAUAUUUUACGGAAAUCCAGUGAAACUUGGUCUUGGAGCGGUAUCAAUGCAAUUCGAUAUAAUCUUUAUGGUGCAACAUUAUUAUCUGUACCGAAAUUCUGGUGCAGGUGUGACUUUAAAUACCUCUACAGAGAAUACCGUGGAUGAAUUGGAUCACUCUGAAAUAAGCUUAUUACCAGAAAUUGUGCACGUGAAUGACGAACAACAUAUCGUUAUUUGA